CAGCCAGACAUCAUCGUCCUCGACGCCUCACCAUACACCAGACAUGAAGCUCGUCCUCCUCGCCUGCCUGGCCGCCCUGGCCGUCGCCGCUCCUCAGUUCGAAAAUGCAAUCCCUGUAUUGAUCCUCCGCGACGACCGUGUGGACAACGGUGACGGCAACUUCAACUAUGCCUUCGAGAGUGACGAUGGCAUCGCCAUAGAAGCCUCCGGCUCCUCUGGCUCAGUGGGUCAGAGCAAUAUCCAGGGCACCAUCAGGUUUAUCCUCCCCGACGGCACCCCCGCUGACCUCACUUACGUCGCCGACGAGAACGGCUACCAACCCCAGGGUGCCUUGCUGCCCACCCCCCACCCUCUCCCCGCCCACGCCCAGGAGCAGCUCCUCAUAGCCGACGAACAGCGCGCUGCCGGCAUCACCUUUGAUCAACGUGGGUUCAGAGUGAACAGAAAGUAAAACCAUUCUUUGGUUCAUCCCCCCUCCCCCCGUUGCCGACGAUUAUACCCUUCCAGAAGGUUAAAGGUCGGAUGUUCCCUGGCCGUUAACACCCGUGUCAUUACGGCAGGAACAACCCGCCUCGACCUUACCAUUAGACAGACGCACAUCUGAGGAGUGUCACCUCCCUUACCAAGACGCAGACGACCGACUUCCAGCAAGAACAUCUUCACUUAAAAUUAUCUCAAUGUUAUCAUCUUGUAUCAAGUUAUUUGAAGAUCACAAGCAAUGUUAAAUAUUACCUGUAAUAAACUAUAACUCAAUUAACAA